CGCCCCGAGAAUCGAUUGCGAGGGUUAACUAGCAUUGAAACGGUCAACAGCAUCCCUGCAUUGAAGCAGCCCAGCUCACUUACUUUGAUCGACAAAGUUUGACCUGCAUAUUUCCGCCUACCAUGGUUGUAGCUCCCGUGGUGAUAGCUCCCGCGCUUCCCGACUCUUUCAAGCUCUCGUAUGAGGACUUUGAGUCCUACCCUCAUAACCUCAUAUAUAGGACGGCCUGUACAGCGGUUCUCAAGGCGUACGAGUCCAGACUAAAAGAGGCGUCAUCGGCACUAUUCAUCGGGGAGGAUGGGGAGGAUGGAGCUGCAGACAUUCCGUUUCGUGAUUUCAGGGGACGAGCUUUUGAGAGACGUAAUAUAUUUAACGAUUCCAAGCUAAAGGAUUGGAUUGGGGAUCAAUCGUCAAUCGAUCCUCUCGUGGCGACGCUUACUGGAGAGCUCGCAACGAAGUCUGAUCCAAAAUGCCGCUUCAUCUUCAUACACGCGGCAAAUAACUCCCGGCAGCAGCUUAGAAUCACGCGAAAAAUGAUGCUCCGAAUACUGAGUUAUCACCAAGUCAUGCCAGGCUAUCUUGAUUUCUUGUUCCCCUUCGGACUACAGAGCGUACCGCGGGAUUUCAGGUUCAGUGCAUUUCGCGAGCAGACUCUGCUAAAUUCCCCAUCUCGCGGGCCGGCUGUUCCUGGCUUGGGGAGAAGUGGGCGGCAGAUUCAACUGAGCUUCAAUCUCAAGGGUGUUUCCUGCACUUCGGACGCGAAAGUGUCUUUGCGGGAAAAGCGGUGGUCUCAACGGCAGGCUGCCGUUCAUCAUCAGUUUGAUGUGGAACUUGGUACGACGUUGUGGAUACUCACGAAGGGAAACCUGGAGCUUAAAGAUAGGAUUCAAGAUGUGACUGGUAAGGAUGGAAGGCUAGAAGAUCGGUCUUUUGGAACAGUUGCCCAGUGCUUAAUAUCUAGCUUGGCAGUUCAUCUCUUAUUGUGUCAGUGGUCGUGUGAAGAUUGGCGGUGGUAUAUUCUAUGGCUAGAGGAAGUCAUCGCAUACGAGACGAGGGAGGUAAUCCUACCACGCGGCCCCGGAGAAGUACGGUAUGAGUAUAGACCGGAAGAUUUUCAAGGCAUUCAGCAUUAUGAGGACCAGGCCAGCCAAGUUUCCAUGAUCCUCGAAGCGAAUUCGUAUGUGCUCGAAUCUCUCCGCGCAUACUACAAGGGCCUGUUAGACAGGAGUGACUUUGGGGUAAUGGAUUUAUGUCGCGAAGAGGUUCUUUCAUUUUGCUCACAAAUCGACAAUAUGAUUCACAACGCCAAGAUGGAGAUUGUACGAGUUAAGACCCUGGUUCAAAUCACAUCUAGUAAUAAAGCUCUGGUCCUACAACAUAUCCAGAGCCAGGCAACCGAAAAGAUGGAGAAACUAACAAUAAGCAUGCAUCAAGUCGCGGAUCUGUCUCGGAAAGAAGCAAUUGCAAUGCGAAUAGUUACCGUAGUCACACUAAUCUACUUGCCAGCAACAUUUGUAUCCACCUUAUUUAGCACCGACAUCGUGAAAUUCCAGGACCAAGGAAAUGGUGGCACAACCGAUUCCCUAGGCAAGGCAUAUGUCUCGUUCUCUAGUCUUGCUCUCGUUAGAUGGAUUCAAGUCACACUACCUCUGACAGCUCUGACCCUUACCCUCGGGUACUUAGCUUUUAGAAUGGCGGACAGGAAACGGAAGAGGUUCGGGUUACAACCCGAGGACUUGAUGGAUUCGAUGGACUCAAAGGAAAGUAUUGUUUAAAAGACUUCAUAGAUCCACUACUGUAUAUUACUUGGCUGGCCAAUAUCACGACGAAAUGACAAUAACAGGAAGUUCUUGAUGAAACCUGCUCGAACAUUCAUAGCACAGUGAAAAAACUCGACAUUAAAUUCGUCUAACC